AUGCGGGUAGUUUCCAAGGAACUUGUAAGUUAUUGGGAUACAAAUAGAUACCGUUUUGGUAAAGUUCUCAUCUCACCAUUAAUUGAUGAACAUUUUAAGAAAAUGCUCCAACUAUUAGGUCGAGCAUUGGUGCGAUGGCGUGUUGUACAACGAGCACAACUGCUGCAGCACAGUGGCAGAAAUUUGGCUACGCAGGAUCAGAAGGUGGUUGAAGAAAUCAGUGGUGAUGGUGCAAAUUUCCCUGCAGAUGCAGAAGAUUUUGGAGGAUCGGAAGCUGAUGUAGACCCUAGGGCACGUUAUAAUUUUGAUGAGAAUCAUAUUGAAGUGACCGGUAUUGUUCGAGGACCACCGAGAGUAUAUACGAUGCCAACCGGCCGACAAUAUGCUAUUGUAAAGCUGUCAACAACAACUGUAGAUCGUCGAGGUUCUGGACGAUUUGUCUCAUUUGUUGAUGUUUUUGCUCCUAAUAAUACAGUGGAUUAUAUCAAGGAUCAUAUACGUGAAGGAGUACAGGUUUACGUGAGCGGUCAGCUCCGGAGUAGGUUGCGGACGGAUGAAGAUGGACGAUCAUUCCAGGAUGUGCGAGUUCAGGCUAAUGGACUUUUCAAAAUCGUUGAUCCAAAACAUGUCGCAGCAGAAGAGAAUAUCGCAACUGAGAAAGAUGUUAAUGACGUGGAUUCAGAAAUGAAGCAAACUGCUUCAUAA